GCUGUAUCUUGAGAAGCAAGCGCAGGCGCAAAAGAAUCGGGUGAUGGCCCUGCUUUUGCGAGUCCUGCGCUGCUGUAUGUGGUGUCUGGAAAAGUUCCUCAAGUUCUUGAAUAAAAACGCAUACAUUCAGAUGGCGAUUGUCGGUAGCAACUUUUGCACGUCUGCGAAGAAGGCUUUCUUCCUGAUCUUGAACAAUGCCUUGCGAUUUGGAGCUGUUGCCCUUCUGGGCAUGGUGAUAAACGUCAUUGGGUAUAUCUUCAUUAUUGCCUCCACAGUUGCGGUGGGAAAUUUGCAGCUGACAGCCAUGCAUCCAAACACCUCUCCGGUGAUGCCCGUUGCCAUGUAUGUGGCUUGCGGUUACGUUGUCGCCCGGCUGUUCAUGAAUGUCUUCGAGCUUGCGGUGGACGCGAUGCUACAGUGCUUCUUAGUGUGUGAGGAGGAGAAAGAGAAGAUCACCGGUGAUUUCGUUCCGAGUCAGAUGCUCGAAUGGCUUUCAGACACUGGGAAGGGAGAGGACAAAGAAAUGGACAAGGGUCGUCUUUGCCAGCCUUUACAGGGUGCGGCGAUGUCUGCAUGCGGCAACAUCAAGCCCCUCGAACGAGGGUCACCCUCUCUGAAAGCUCCCGGUGCGACCCCGGAAACGAUGGCAGCGUCAGGAACAGAAGCACCUAAGGCCCAUGCGAAGAGUGCAAAUCUGCCGCAUUGGAGUCUGUUUCUACAUCCACCCUACGCGGCUGGAACUGGCAGCCAGCUCUACCAGAACAUGGUAUCUUCCUUGGCCGUGGCCAGCACUGCCGCCAGCAUCGUCCUCUCCACACACUUUUGGUGGAUCUUACGCAAGCGGGGCUCGGACUAUUCGGAUGCCUUCAGCUUUCUGACACAACCGCGAGAUGUCGCCACCAAAUCGGCGCGCCUCUACGCUCAGAAGGCCCGCAUCAGGCUUUUCAACAUUGUGAGCAGAAUUUGCAUCCAGUCAACCCUGGCUUGUGCGAUUUUGGUUUCAAUGUUGUCGGUCAACAUCUGCGGAACAGGCGAGGUUCAGCUGUUGAUGCUGAUUCUCAUGUACACCGGAUGCCUGGCAGUGGCAUCCGAAGUUGUCUCACUCACGCCAGGGUGCUGCGACGCAGUGGCAGCUUUGGGGCAUUUCUUGCUUCUGGCAUUGGCAGUGUGUCCGGCUUCAGACGCCGAUGUCUUUGUUGGAGGUGCUCGUGCACUGCUGCGGGCACUCUGUGGCAUUCUAUUUCUAAAUGCCAGAAAAGCCUUAUCUGCAAACUUGGCCAUGAGCGUUGCCUAUGUCGUGAGCAAGGCGAUUUCAACCAACAGCUCUGGGUGCAGCAUCUUUGCCGCGGCUUGUUCGGAGGCGCUGUGCAUCGUGCAGGUGAUGUUUGUGCUCAUCCUGGUACAGAAGCUGGUAGAAGAAAGUGCUUCACUUCGUAUUGAAAGCGUGGAAGUGGCUGGCAAAUCACAGGCCCGGAAAAAUUUACUUUCAGUUCUGGUGGAUGCCGACGUCAUGCUGGACUCAAGCUUGUGUGUUUGCCAGCCCAGCAACAAGGCUGAGCAUUUCUUCGGACCAGAGCUGGAUUCGAACGAAACAUCUGUAGGAGGACUUAAGCUUUACCAGUUCGUGGCAGAGGCGGAUCAAUCCAAGCUCAAAGAGUUCCUCAAUCGAGCUACCAUCAACACUGUCAACGAUGGCGCCGACGUUCUCAGCGAGAGCUCCAUUUCACUUCAAGGUGGAGGAAGUCCGGCCUCUUCCUUGUCGAUCCAGCUGGGAAAGUCUGGUCGGGUGGUGCAGAUCUUCCACGCGAGCGUGCCCGCGGCAGACUUUGCACUGCGCUCGCAACCACAGCCACGACAUCUCGUCGGUAUCCAGGAGUCUUUCAGCAUGUCUCGGCACGACUUCCGCGAAGUACCGGCUCUGGAUGUGCCAAUGGAUAACAGUACUGAUGCGGAGCUGAUGUAUCUGUCGACUCAAAACCUAGCUGCGCAGCAACAAAGCUUUGAGUCUCGACAGAAGCGGCCUCCAAGCACUGGAUCCAGAGGUUCGAGAGACUCCCACGGGUCGAAAUCUGCGAGUUCCGCUUCGUCGCUGCGCUCCUCGGUCGCGGGCCUCCCAGAGGUCGGCUCCAUUUCCUUCAUCUUCAAUGGCUACUCCGAAGGUCUGGACAUUGUUGAGGCUAUACUGCGCUUCGAUACCUUGCGCGGAAAGGACGAACCGGCGAGGGUCCCCGAAAUGAAGCACUGGAUUCGCAGCAAGUGCUGGGACGAUUUCAGGAACUGGGUGCAAAUGGAAACACAGCGUUGCUGUGCUGGCGUGGCUGUUGAAGAAGUGCGAUCCUUUGAGGGGCCUCUGGAAUUCUAUUAUCCUGGUCAGCCAGACAUGACCUUGGUUUCCGGCAGUGUCAAUGUCGUACGCAUCCAGGGCGAUGGAGACAGUGAUGACGAGGAGGGAGAAGAAGAGGAUCCGGUCUGUGAUCCCGAAAUGUCCAGCAGCAGCCGGCCGGUGGCCCCACGGACCGUAACAAGUGGCUCAGAACAGGCAGGAUCUCAGUCCGCAGACAGCUUGGGUGGGAAUGCCAGCCCGUUGGAUCAAAGUGAAGAUGAAGCACAAGUGCAGGUGUAUGACAACCCCUUCAUCGACGGCGACGUGAACGAGGAGAUGGAUGCUCUCUUGGUGGAGGUCGAGUGCAAGGCUUUCUCACAGUACCGAAGCCUGAACAACAAGUCGCGCAAGUCUAAACGAUACGGGCAUCUACGGCGCCAGCCGCCGCUUGAACCCAGCUUGGAUGCGAUUGAGGAGGGACCGUGA